AUGGCCAGCCCAAGAGCUCUUCUCUCUGCACUUUUGGGCGUGAUCUGUUCAGCCUUGGUUGUACGGCCCCCGUGCGAGGCGCAGCAGCUCAGGAGCUGCGAAUUCGACGCGAUCUAUCAACUCGGGGACUCGACAUCGGACACGGGCAAUUUGAUUCACGAGGGCCCGAUCGGAGCGGCCUCGCCUUGCGGUCAUCCUCCCUAUGGCCAGGACUUCCCGGGGAGACAAGCCACCGGGAGGUGCUCCAAUGGCUUGCUCAUGAUUGAUUACCUCUCUCUGGCUGCCGGGGUUCCGUCCCCGGAUUACUACCUGAAUCGGAGCGCGGCGUUCACCCGUGGCCACGGCGUGAAUUUCGCCUUUGCCGGAGCCACCGCGCUAGCCCCGCACGUCCUCGCGCAGAUGAACAUCUCCAGCCCCGCCACCAACUCGUCCCUCGGCACUCAACUCGACUGGAUGUUCUCUUAUUUCAACAGCAUCUGCUUCGACAGAGCUGAUUGUGUGAGGAAGCUCGAACAUGCCUUGUUCAUGGUCGGGGAGAUUGGAGGCAGUGACUACUACUAUGCAUUGUUUCAAGGCAAGAGCAUUGAGGAGGUGAAGAAUCUUGUGCCUCAAGUUGUCAUGGCCAUCAAAGAUGCAGUUCAAAGGGUCAUCGGGUAUGGUGCUUCUCGAGUGGUCGUGCCCGGCAACUUCCCGAUCGGCUGCUUCCCGAUCUACCUCGCUCGCUUCGAAACCAACCAUCCAUCCGCUUACGACAGAUCUCACUGUCUCAAGGACUUGAACGACCUCGUGGAAUAUCACAACGGCCUCCUCCGGGUGGUCAUCGGAGAGCUCGGGAGAGAGAACCAGGACGUCGUCAUCCUCUACGGCGACUACUACAACGCGUUCGCAUCCAUGUACCACAGCGGUCCAUACUUUGGUUUCGACAUGUGGCGGGCACAAAAAGCAUGCUGCGGGAGCGGGGGCGACUACAACUUCAACCCAAACUGGCGGUGCGGAACUCCCGGUGUGGUGGUUUGCCCCGACACCGGGAAGGCCGUGAGCUGGGAUGGGAUCCAUAUGACCCAGAGAGCAAACUUUGUCAUGACGAAUUGGCUUGUCCAUGACCUAUGGCCCAAGCUUAAAUGCAAUGCUUCCCUAAUUGGCAACUGAGCAUGUGACAUUGGCUUAAC